UAGCUUACAGUAUUGUCGGGGGCAUGACAGGGACAAGAUUUACUUCAGAUCUGAGUUAUUAGCCAGCUGAUCUACUUGUACUUUCUGGGUUUUUCCAGCCAUAGCAGCAUUGCCUUGUUUCUCUCUCUCAUGGUCUCAGACCCUGUUCCUCUUUAAAAGCAGAGCUCUCACUGGAAAUUGACCUAUCUUGAAAUGAAAUGGUGGAUUUGCUGGAAUGGACGUCUGUAUGCGUAUGUUGAGAUUGUCCAAUUAUUCAACCUGUAAGCUUGCACAGAGUCACCUCGUGUUCCUGGAUAUCACCACCUUAAAAUGUUGGGCAUUAUUUUUACUCAUUCCUCAAUGUAUUAGAACUCUUAUAUCUGAUGCUAUGGCAUUCCUCACUGGCUUCUUGUCUACUUUCAAUUUUUCUGGUCCUUUUUCUUCACUAGUUUUAUGUGCUGAGUGUUGCAAAGCAGCUCUAAGUAUGUAUGGGAUUCUAUGUAUAUGUAUUUAUAAAUUUGUUAUUGUUUUAUUAUAUCCAGUGUGGAAUGUAAGCCUACCAUCAUGUCUUAUUCAUCUCAACUAGAAAAUGUGUAUGUUUUCCUAAUAGAAGCAAAUAAUAUAUAGUUUUUAGCAUGCUAAAACUAUUUUUUUUUUCCAAAAUGUUGUCUUUUUUCUGUCCUUUUAAAAAAAAUUCCUAUACAUUAAAUUGAUCACACUGGUCCUGAAUUAAUUAGAAUAAUAAUAAAUUCUUAUUAUUUAGAAUAAUAAAUACGUAAGAAUAUGUUCAUGCUUUUUUAAUGGACUGAGUGCAUUUUUUAAAAUUGGAUUAAAAAAUAAUGUUUUACUUACAUAUUCCUGAUUUACUAAAUCAUCUUUAUCGAUUUACUUUAUUUCAGAUGAUCUAUAUCAUUACAAUGGAUGGAAAGCCGUACACUCUGUAUCUCAAAAAACAGUUGUUCUUACCCCAGAAUUUUUUGGUUUAUACAUAUAAUGAAAUUGGCUCUUUGCAUUCUGAGUCUUCAUAUUUAAAGAUGCAUUGCCAUUACCAAGGAUAUGUUGCAGAUUUUCCAAAUUCAGCUGCGACCCUCAGCAUCUGCUCUGGACUCAGGGGAUUCCUUCAGUUUGAAAAUAUUACUUAUGGAAUUGAACCAAUGGAAUCUUCAGCAAGAUUUGAGCACAUGAUAUAUCAAGUGAAAAAUGACAUUCCAGUUGUACCAAUAUUAGCAGAAAAUGGAAGCAAUACUUGGCAGAAGGACCAGCCCUAUAAAGUUCAUAUGAGUUCACAGAAUCAACUUGUUCUGAAAAAAUUACCCCAAUAUCUAGAAAUGCAUAUUAUAGUGGAAAAAACUUUGUAUGAUUAUAUGGGCUCUGAAAUGAUGGCUGUAACACAGAAAAUUGUCCAGGUUAUUGGCCUUGUUAACACCAUGUUUACACAGUUUAAAUUGACUGUUACACUAUCUUCUUUGGAAUUCUGGUCAGAUAAGAACCAAAUUUCUACCAACGGGGAUACUGCUGAUUUAUUACAAAGAUUUUUGGCGUGGAAACGAGACUAUUUUGUCCUACGGCCCCAUGACAUAGCAUAUUUACUUAUUUACAGGAAACAUCCUAAGUUUGUGGGAGCAACAUUUCCUGGAACAAUGUGCAAUAAAAGCUAUGAUGCAGGGAUCGCUCUGUAUCCAGAUGGAAUUAGUUUGGAGGGAUUUUCAGUUAUUAUUGCUCAACUACUUGGCCUUAAUAUAGGAUUAACAUAUGAUGACAUCAAUAAGUGUUCUUGUCCAAGAGCAACAUGCAUAAUGAAUCGUGAAGCACCGCGUUCCAGUGGCAUAAAGAUUUUUAGCAACUGUAGCAUGCAUGACUAUACACAUUUUGUUUCAAAAUUUGAGCCUAAAUGUCUUCAGAACGUUUUACAUUUGCAACCAUUGUACAAAAAUCAACCAGUGUGUGGUAAUGGGAUUUUGGAACCUAAUGAAGAAUGUGACUGUGGCAGUGAGGAAGAAUGCCAAUUUAAAAACUGCUGUGAUUACAACACAUGUAAGCUGAAAGGCUCAGUAGAAUGUGGAUCGGGAGCGUGCUGUACUUCAAAAUGUGAGCUAUCAAUAGCAGGUACUCCAUGUAGAAAGAGUGUUGAUGAAGAAUGUGAUUUUACAGAGUAUUGCAAUGGAACUUCUAGUAAUUGUGUUCCUGACACUUAUGUAUUGAAUGGCCAUACGUGCAAGUCAGGAACUGCAUAUUGUUAUAACGGAAGAUGCCAAACUACCGAUUAUCAGUGUGCUAAAGUAUUUGGAAAAGGUGCUAAAAGUGCCCCACUUGCCUGUUUUGAAGAAGUUAAUCCUCUGCGUGAUAGAUCUGGAAACUGCAGUUUUAAAAAUUCACAGUCAUUACCUUGUGAAAAGAAGGAUGUUCUCUGCGGAAAAUUAGCUUGUGUUUGGCCACAUGAGAAUACUUAUAAAAAUGAUAUUCAAUCUGUAGUCUAUUCAUAUAUUCAAGGUCAUGUAUGCAUAUCCAUGACCACCGGGUCAUCAGUGAGCUCAGACGGAAGGGAUUAUGCCUAUGUGGUGGAUGGUACUGUGUGUGCUCCACAAAUGUAUUGUUUAAAUAAAACCUGCAAAGAAGCCAGUUUAAUGGGACAUAACUGUAAUGCCACUAUGAAAUGCAAAGGGAAUGGGAUAUGUAAUAAUUUUGGUAAUUGUCAAUGCUUUCCUGGCUAUCGGCCUCCAGAUUGUGAAUUCCAGAUUGGUUCACCAGGGGGCAGUAUUGAUGAUGGAAAUGUUCAGAAGUCAGAUAUUUUUGUUAUUAAAAAAGACUACAGUACACAUCAGAACUGGCUUAUUCUGAGUUUCUACAUUUUUCUGCCCUUUUUUAUAAUUUUCAUCAUUGUGGUCGUGAAGCGGAAUGAAAUGAGAAAAUCAUGGAACAGAGAGGAGGCAGAAUAUGAGGGGUAAAUAUAAUUUAUGAGUUUAUAUUGUAUUGACCCUACAGCAGUAUCAUAAAUUUAUAACUAUAACAUUAGUUAUAGUUAUUCCUGUUGUUGUUAGUUGCCUUUGAGUCAGCUUUUACUCGUAAAUAUUUAAUGAAUAACAGGA